GGCGUGAAAUACUCGUAUUACGAUGACCGCCUGAGAGGCCGCUUUGGAUACUUAUUUUCUCGCAAAUUCCAGCACCAACAUUGUUUAUGAAUGACCACUGUCUAUGCUGGAGCAGAUUAAUCCCAUGACAAAUGUACCUCAAGGAGCCCGAUCAACUGAGCUGAGCGUGUAGUUAUGCCUCCAUUCCUCCCGCGCAAGCGCCUGAGGUCCGACUCCCCAAAUCCCGGACAAGAACUCGAGCCCAAGCCAGAUGCGCCGAAACCGAAGCGCGGCCAGACAGGAAAUAGGGACAGGACGCAAACGAAAGAGGCAAGCGGGAAAUCUAAUACUGCCAUUGCGCCACCAAGGAAGAAGACGCUGUUUGACGAAUUAGAUACGGGGACACAACGCUCAUCGCCGCAAACGCCGAGUGAGUUGUUGAGGAGUUUGGGUGGGGGAGAAGAAGAUGAGGAAGAGAGUGAUAGCGAAUAUACAGAAUUCGAGGAUGUCGUAGCUGAGAAGGAGGAUGAGGAUGACGACGAUGAUGUCGAGUUUGAGGAUAUCCCGCAGGCCGGCCCCUCCAACGCCGACCGACCGUCAAUAUCAGCUGCGCCUGCGGAGCAAGAAGAUCUCGAUCUCACCCUUACGAGAGAAACGAGGAUUAGUCUUGCGAACCCGCACAACAAGAAGCAAGGGCCAAGUAAGAUUGAACGUGCGGUUCGAGUCGCGACCCAUCAGAUGCAUGUGCAGUUCUUAAUGUGGCAUAACUCGGUUCGAAACCGAUGGUGUUGUGACAGGGCGUUGCAGGAGAUCUUAACGGGGGAGUUGAUGAAGGGGACUUCGUUCGAGAAGGAUCUAAAGAGGUGGAGAAGGGACAGCGGGUUGGGAGGGGAGGAAGUUGAAGAGAAUGAAAAGCCAAAACGAAAGGGGAAGUCUAAGGAGGAGAACAAGAAGAAGGAGAACGAGAAGAAGGAGAACGAGAAGAAGGAGAAGGUGAAAAAGGGCAAGGAGAGAAGUCAGGCCGAUUGGGGUAGCUCUGCCCAGCGAGCGGAAAUCGGAUCCGUCAAUAUGAGCCACGGCGAUCCGCUAUUUGCUCUUCUAAACCGGCUGUCGUCGUAUUGGAAAAAGAGAUUUACGAUUACGGCUCCGGGAUUAAAGAAGGUUGGGUAUAUGUCAUUACAGCGCAUAGACGAUGAGAUCAAGAGCAACAGAGCUGAAUACGACUUUGAGAGGCAUGGUGAGAGAAUUGAAACUAAAGACUCCUUCAAGGAGCUAGCGAAUGGACAUGAGGGCAGCAGAGAUGUUGGUGCCCAGCUAUUCACGGCACUUUUGCGCGGCUUAGGUCUUGAGGCUCGGAUGGUGGUUAGUCUGCAACCAGUGGGGUUUGGAUGGAGUAAAAAUGAGGAAGCUGUUGAGAGGAAGGAGAAGAAGAUUGUCUCGGAAGAGCCGGAUCUUCAAAGCUUCGACGAAUCUGAUGACGAGGGAUCGACGCCGACUUUGAAAGGAAAGGCCCCGAUUAAACCUAAACAUAGGGCGCCUCGAUCAAAACAAGUAAGGGCCACAUCUCAUAUAUCGAGCAAUAGCACACGCCGAAAAGGAACGAAGGAUCCCCCAAUUGAUUUAUCUGAAGCUGAGCAGAAUGAUGACCAUAGCGAAUCUAUUGGAAUGGUAGCCGAUGCCUCUCCAAGCCGGCCACAACGCAAGCAACCAUCAAAAGUCUACGAGAAAGACCUUGCGCCCAACUAUUGGAUUGAGGUACUAUCACCGGUGACAAAUAUUUGGGUACCGGUUAACCCGUUCGCACCAAGCGACCCAGUAGCAACGAACCCAGAGCUUCUCCUCGGGUUUGAACCUCGUGGCGCUAAGGCAGAGAAAGCAAAACAAGUCAUGGCCUACAUUAUUGGAUUUUCUUCAGAUGGCACAGCCAAGGACGUUACCGUCCGAUACCUGAAGCGACAUACUUGGCCGGGUAAAACCAAGGGUGUGAGGAUGCCGGUUGAGAAAGUGCUGGUCUACAAUCGUCAUGGAAAGGUAAAACGCCAUGAAGAGUAUGACUGGUUCAAGACCGUCAUGAGUGGAUAUGAACGGCGUGAACAACAACGCUCUAUCAUCGAUGAUCAGGAACAAGCUACCGACUUGAAAGCCGUCAAGCCACAGAAGAAGGAAGCUAAGAAGGGCGAGGAAACUCUACAAUCGUAUAAGCAAUCUUCGGAGUUUGUGCUACAACGGCAUUUGCGUCGAGAGGAAGCCCUACUACCAACCGCCAAACACGUCAAGUUAUUUACAGUUAAGGGCAAGGCCGAUGCUCCAGCUACCCAGGAGAAAGUAUACCUGCGAAAAGAUGUUGUUAGCUGCAAAAGCGUGGAGACAUGGCAUAAAGAGGGCCGUGAGCCAAAAGUCGGGGAGCAACCAUUAAAAAGAGUGCCAUUCCGUGCAGCGACUACUAAUCGAAAACGAGAACUUGCAGAAGCAGAAUUGGCGAGUGGAGGACAGAAGAUGCUCCAGGGGCUAUAUAGCCGAGAUCAGACGGGUUGGAUAAUCCCUCCACCGAUCGAGGACGGUAUUAUCCCGAAGAACGGGUUUGGAAAUAUGGAUUGUUAUGUCCCGAGCAUGGUGCCGAAAGGCGCUGUCCAUAUCCCGCUCCGUGGCACUACAAGAAUAUGUAGGAAGCUAGGGAUUGAUUUUGCUGAAGCGGUGACCGGCUUCGAGUUUGGCGCGAGGAUGGCGAUACCAAUUAUUUCAGGCGUUGUUGUGGCGGAAGAGAACGAAGAAAUGGUUAUCGAGCAUUGGCGUGAGUAUGAGGCGGAAAGGUUGCGGAAGGAAGAUGACAAGAGGACGAAAGCUGCAUUGGGGAUGUGGAGGAAGUUUUUAAUGGGGAUGAGGAUUAUGAAAAGGGUUAGAGAGGAGUAUGGGGAGCACGGUGAUGAAAACCCAGAUGUGCUGAACCCUUGGACGAAUAAGAAUACGAUGGAUAAUGUCAGAGCAAACGUCGAGGGAGAUAUGUCGAGGCAGCAAAUGGAGCAGGCUGACGAAGACAUGGCUGGUGGUUUCUUCCCCGAAGGCCAUGAGGGGGAAGACGUACCCCAGAGCUUUUUCCCGACAAGGCAUGAGGAAAGCGAAGAUGACGGCGGUGGCUUCGUUAUUGGGCAGGAAGAGCCAGACAAGAAACCUACGAGAAAUAUUCCGAACACCUACCCGACUCCUCUCUCCAUCCAGCACAAUAGAGCCGGCGAAAGUUCAAUUGAAGUUAGUGGAAGGGAGUCCUCUCCAUCAUCCAAGCCGGUUGCACAAGUGGCGCCGCCGAUAAAUGGGGCUACAAGAUCUACCGCACGACCUUUCACGAUAUCGAAUCGUAUGGGUGAAGACAACACGAGAGAUCCAGCUGACACAGACGCCCAGCCCGCCCCGAACCAACGCAGACAUUCUCUUCGCCGAGGAGGACUAGGGAAACGCGUACCGCCCAGUGAUGACGAGGAUACAACCGCCGUAGAUCUAGAGGGUGACCAUGAGGAACGCGAUGUGCACAUUCCGGAAGCAAAAACUCCUGCAUCGAGAAGGAAAGGAAAGUCUACAAAACUACCAGUUGAGAGUCCGGCUACGAGAGCCAUGCCAAAGAGGAAGGCUACGAGGAGAAGUACGGAAACUAAAAGUCGAUACUUCGAGGCUGACGACGAAGACGACUUUGAGUAUACGGAUAGUUGA